AUGUUCAUUCCAGGAAUCGUCCAAGCCUUAAUUGCGGCCCUUAACUUUGGGAUCGUCAUCCAGGCCGCGACGCCCUUCGUCUUUCCUUUACUAAAGGGCCAUGGCUCAAACAUAUUUCGGGACGGCCUGAGGCUGGUCCUCAUCACAUUCCUUGUAUCAUCCGCCCUAUGGGCUCAAAUCGACUUUAUCGGCCUUACCCUCGAUCCGAGCUCGACUUCCGGUUGCCAAGUCGUCGUAAUUUUCAACUCCGUCUUCGAUCAACUAGCGCGAUUCGCCAUCGAACAGUUCUUGUUAUGGGCCAUCAACGCCAAAGCCAGCGCGCCUGCUGGCGCAGUGGCCUACCAAACGGUCCUCGGUGUGCGAUUCGUUAUGGGUGGCGUCUUUGUUGCGUUCCAAAAGGCACAGCUCGCCACUGUCUGUGUAGCUAGGAACAAUCUCUUGGCUAUGGGAGCCGCUGUGAUGGCUAUCGACUUCGUCAUAGUCGCCAUGCUUGCGUUCAGGGCCAGCUCGAUCGGCAUCACGCCCGUACAGAGUAAAAGCGCCGUCAUGUGGACGAUUGUGGGCUUCGGGCUUUGGACUGGGACGAGCGUCCCGCUGCUUCUGGGUAUUGACACGGAGUUGCUUUUCAGAACUGCUCUCCCUGCCACUGGCCUGUCGAUCCUCCUUACUAUCCUCACGAGUAACUUUGCAGCUUUGCUUCCUGCCCGCCAAAAGCAAGCUGUUCACCCAGAUGCCCAGUCACCGCGUAACAUUAGCUCUAGCAGAGAUCUCUCGACCUCCGACACCGAUUAUCCGCCCUCGCGAUACGAGGACUUGAAGGCCGGCGCGAUGGCCACUAUAACAACGUUCAACCAGCCGAGUGACUUCAUGGCAGGUGCUGGUGGCGCUCUACCUACCAUUGCCGGAUCCAUCCCGGGACAGGCCAGCAUCGGGGUCGGCGGAGUUCCUGUCCAGGGCCAGCUGUUCCCACCGACCCGUUCACAGACCGCUCCUAUCAGAGAAAGCCGGAGAAUCGACGUUAAGCCUAGCCUCUCGAACAAGAGGAGCAUCUUUGACAGGGCUGGGUCCACCUCGAACUUGAGGAACGCGAUCUCUAAUCCAAUUCUCCAGGAAACCGGCGAAAAGAACCCCCUCAGCAAGAUCGCUACAAUUGAUCUCGCCACUGCUGCAAAGAAUGACAGGGAAAGAAGGGGUAACGGACUGACGUUGAACCGAAACUCCAGCACUUUCAACGCCCAUCGCCCCGCUCCCGACCCCCCCGCUAUCACUCCAGACGAGGCCCUCAGGCGAGCUCAGAGUGGGAAGCGGAAGGAAGUGGGAUCGGUUUCACCUCCGGCGGAGCCUCCUCAGCUUAGAUCCGCGGGACUGAUGUCGAAUCCUCCGGCAACGACUUCAUCUGCUCAGCUAUCCCCGGGGGUCGAAGAGAUAAGACGUAGGUCUCCCAGACAGUUGCCCGAGGACAACCAACAAGGCCGGGAGACAAGACCGGCUACACCCCAGCAGCCGAUUCCAGAGUCCAGCAACUCUCUGCCUCGCUCCUCGCGACCGGAACAACCCCUGAAUUCCUUCGAGAAUGUUGGGCGAUCUGCGAGCCAACGUACUGUAGAGACGUCCCUGAGUCAAACCGCGCUUGAUCGGUCCGCGAGCCAGAAGUCUACCGCGUCCUCUGUCCAAACCACGUCGCCUCCAACGGCCUUGGUCCCUCCGCCCAAGAGCGCUGCUCGUUUGAUGUCACCGAAGAAGCCGGACCUCCCAUCCACUUGGCCUAUCCAGACCGUGGUCGACCCAACGAUUCGGCCGUCCAGGCAGAGGCCGGCAUCUCCAAAGACACCAUCAGUUGCUCCUCUGCAACGGCGGCCAACCGGCGGUCUGCCAUCUAACCCGAGAGCGAUGACAAUGAAACCCGUGGCCAAGGAACCUUCUGGUCCCGAAGAGCAGACGGUCAUGUUUGUCAACAACAUUCAGUACAACGAUCCCACAGCUGUGCAGAAUAUCAUCCAAGGUGCUACGAAUCAGGCCGCCAAGACGUCUCUGUUGCUGCAGUCUCCCGCUCCACCGCUGAAAUCCUCGAAUUCCGUUGUCCAUCGACCUCGCCCCAUCCCCCGACAGCAGGGCAAGGAUCGUCCAAUUUUCCCUGCCGAGAACUCUCCUAAUCACAAGAGGAGCAAGUCAGGCGGCUCCAUCAUCGGCAGAAAGUCCAUUUUGAUGUCGAAUCCCGGAAGUCCUACUCAGCUGCCGCCUCUCCCACCGCCGCCCAAGAGCGCCGGUGGCCAACCAGUACGAGCGCUGCCCAACGACACCAGGAGCAUGACCUUUGACGAGAAGAUGGACCUCUUCUUUCCCGUAGCUCUUGGUAGCAGCACUGAUGCGAACGGCCAACCUAGAACGUCGAUUCCAGAGAUGCCUCUUGUUCCGUCGUCUUACAUGCUAACAGGCGACAAUGCUACUGAGGAAACGGAUGCGUUGGAUUCCAAAAGCAAUCACGAUCAGUCGAAGCAGUCUGAUCGCUCGACCAAGACUUCCGUCCGUACUCGCAGCAUUCUGGAGAUGGGGGAGGAAGAAGCAGAAGUCCUCCCGGAUGUACCACCUCGCUUCACGUCCAAGUUCAGUGUCGACACGUCGGUCAUUACUGGCAGGCCCGACGAGCACGAGUCUUGGAUCCCCGCCCUCCCAGCGAACGAUGGUGCCCGGGCCAAGCCGUCGUAUGACGGAGCCAACCGGCGAUCAUCACCGGUCAUUCCGGUCCGUAACCCCAGCGUUUCUGAGUUCAGUGAGGUAAGGACUGCGAGAACUCGCGACGAGGAAACGACGACGAAUUGGGGAUCAAUCCAUUCGCCGGUGGCUGCGGUCAACAUCCAAGAUGUUACGCAUAUGCCCAAGCCCACGUGGAUUCAGCCACGCGACGAGCGAAACCCUCGAGACCUAUCUAUGAUUAGUCAAAAUGAUGGCAAGGAGGUCAUGACGAUUAUGCUCGACGCAUCCAUGGAACAUGAUAUAGACCUGACCGAGGUUGCUCCGGCACGCCAAAACCCUGCCGAUCUCCCGGACGGGAGCGUCGCUGACCAGCGUGCUCGCUGGCAUCGCCGCAUUGGUGAUGAGAGCAUCACCUUCACUGAGCGCAAGGAAAAAGUAAAGUCGCGCAGACAGCCCCCGCCGAUGCCUCUUCAAUUGCGGUCUCCCGUCAAGAAAAUAGCGAUUGUGAUGCACGCCGCUGAGCCUUCCCCCUUGGAGUCGCCGCAGCAUGCGUACGAGAUGAUCCAGGCGCAGCUUAAGAAACUAGAGGAGCCCAAUAGGGACUCGUAUGAGAGCGAAGGGCAGAGGAUUCGUCUGCUCGAGUCCUUGGAGGCCGAGAUGGGGCAGCAGGAGGACCAGUGGCACGAGAUGCAGCACGGCCUCAGCCGCAACUCGCUUUCCACGGUUGGAACAAGUUCGGUCCGCAACUCGCAGAGCGAGCUUGCUAUGGCUAACUCGCCAGCCGUCCCCAGCAUCGACGUUGUGCCUCAAGUGAUUCCCCAGCGCAACGACAUAUCGUUGGAACGCCAAGCCGCGCGCCGCUCUCAGAUGAGGGCCAUCAGCAAGUCAUCUGACGAGGACCCAAGAAGCGCUUCGUCCAUCUCAUCCCAGUCCAACUCGAGCGACAACCGCACUAGCCUCUGGCAACAGCGGCUGGCAGAUGCCCAGAUAGAAUAUAUGGAGAACGCAUCCGAACUAUUGGCAAAGCGAAACCUCAAUUUCUUGUCUGUCUCAAAGGUACCCUUGAGCGCCACGGCGUUGCAGCUGGGCAGUCCUACCCCACCGGACACCGAUGAGUCCGACCCCGAAGACGCUCAGAUACUCGCGAGGCUCAGGCCGAGCGAGCGAGCUACACCACCGGAAGGCCUCUGGAGCCCCGACUCGCCAGUUUAUUUUGAGCGCGAGCAACCGUCCCUGCUUUGGGCCCCGGCACACCAUCAUGUCGCGACUAAGUCGUCUGUCCCGAGCGGCGAUGGCCACUCCCUGCCCGGCUUAUCCGUCCGCCCUGCGACGCGCAAGGUCUUCGAACCCCUCAAUAUCUCAAGCUCGAGACUCUGGCAGCCUGACCACACCGCUGCUAAAAAGCUGCGGCCCACCUCCGGAUUAUGGCGUGCCUCUUGGGUCCCUGAACCUCCCAAGCCCCAGCCGCGUCCCGUCACACAGCGACCGCCAAGGCGAAACAGACGCGUCACUCUCCUACCCGACAUCCUCGAGAGCCCGCAGCCGCUUCCCGACAAGCGUGGCACCCUCGGCAUCUUCCAGUUUCCCUGGGGCGAGAAGUCGGACACUGCGACAGUCCAGCCGCGGCCCAGUCAUAUGUUGAUGGCUAUGCCUGGUACUAUGUCAACUGGUGGAUCAGCAAUUCGUGCCGCAUUGGAAGCUCGCGCACAGCAACUCGAGUCUGCAGAGUACUCUUCGUCCUUCUUUGACGAUUACGACGACGAGGAGGAGGGCGACGACCAAGUUUCUGACAUUGAACUCGACAACGACAGCGACGACGGCUUCGACGAGACAACCCUCUGGGAGAUCGCCAGCCUCUUGCAGUCUGACCAGGUGCCUUCCAAGAACAGCCUGCUCCCCCAGCCAGCAUACUACCGACCUGACUCAUUCGUCGAGGAGGAGCACUCUUCCCCGCGCUCGCAGUCCGAGUACGACGACUCCGAGGAAACCUCCGUGGCAGACGAGGACACAAAGCACGACAGCAUGGUCAUCACUAUCGCUGCCGCGGCCACGCCCGCCGCACCGGAACCAAUCUCCCUCCUCUGGACCCCCAGGCCAAAGAGCUUCCCUACCGCCCGCAAGGUCCCAGGUCUCCCGCAACCUGACGCUCGCACAUGGGAAAGCUACGUCGAGAAGCUGGAAGCCGCCCCGCGCGUCCGCGAGUGUGUCCUGGAGCAUGCUGUCAUCCACAGCACCGCUCUCUGGACCUUGCCAGCAACGAAGACAACGUCAAAGACGACCGGUUCAAUGUGGAAUAACCCCCAGCAACAGACUGCUAGGACGCUGUGGGCUCGGCCUGCUAUUACCUACUCCCGUAAGGCUGUAGGUCUUCCGCAACCUGACGCUCGCACAUGGGAAAGCUACGUUGAGAAGCUGGAAGCUGCCCCGCGCGUUCGUGAACGUGUCCCGGAGCCUGCUGUCAUCCACUCCACUGCUCUCUGGACCUCGCCAGCAAAGAAGGCAGCGUCAAAGACGACCGGUCUGAUGUGGACUAAGCCGCAUCAGCAGGCUGCCAGGACACUGUGGGCGGCUCAGCCUGCCGCUACCCAUUCCCGUAAGGCUGUAGGUCUCCCGCAACCUGACGCUCGCACAUGGGAAAGCUACGUUGAGAAGCUGGAAGCUGCCCCGCGUGUUCGUGAACGUGUUCCAGAGCCUGCCGUCAUCCACAGCACCACUCUCUGGGCCCCGCUAGCAAAGAAGACAGCGUCAAAGACGACCGGUCUGAUGUGGACCAAGCCGCAGCAACGGGCUGCCAGGACGCUGUGGGCUGCCCAGGCUCCCGCCGUCUAUACCGAGUCCACCGGUCUGUUCAAUACCAGCCAUAAGCGUGCCUGCUUCAGGACAACGUCGGCCGAGCCUGUUGGCCUUGGCAUGCCUUCGGGUGCCAGAGUGACAUCUGAGGAGCUGCCACAGCUCACGUCAACAAGUCUUUGGUCCCCUACUCCUGUUGUGACUCGGGUCGAGAACUGGAUGUCCUUUUCCACUGUCAGGCCCGGCUCACCUUUGGAGGUGGCCUCACUGGGCCGCUCGACACCAUCUUUGGAUACCGCAUCAACGAGAUCCGACGAUGAGGAGGCCGUGUCUGACUUCGAACCUUUGCCUGAUGUCCCCGUUAAGAAGGCUACUUGGUGGGAUUCCUUCAAGACCAAGCUGUCCCCCCCGGCUCAGGCAGCGCCGCGGCCGGAACCUUUCCGCCGCACCAAGGCCACGCCCGCGGAGUGGGAGGCCGCGCUCAACGAGGCUGUCCGGACCACCCCGUCCCCGCGCCUUGUUCGGGUCGAGGCCACUCCCGCGCAAUGGGCCUUGGCACUGAACCAAGCCAUUGCCGCCUCCUUCGAUGCCGCCAAGUCCCACCCCGCCUUCGCAGGUUCCGUCCAAACAACUGCGAUCAGCGAUCCCGCCAUCGCCAACCCAGUCUUCUUCAACCCGUCACUAACACCUACCGGAGAAUCCUCCUCCUUCGAUGCCGCCAAGUCGCAUCCCGCCUUCGCAGGUUCCGUCCAAACAACUGCGAUCAGCGAUCCCGCCAUCGCCAACCCAGUCUUCUUCAGCCCGUCACUGGUCCUUACCGGAGAAUCCUCCUUUUCCAUGCCUGAAGAACUCACCAACCCAAUUUCAGCAUCCCACGUCGUUCCUCUCUGGUCUGCUCCGGUGGUGAAAAUCCCACAGGACACCGGUAUCAUGUGGAUACCGCCGACCAAGCCCCGUCUGCACGCGCAUGACACCGCGCCCAUGAAGGCCGAAGACACCGAGGCCCGCCGUUUGCGUGUCAGGCGUGCCAAGGCCGACGUGUCCGCUUCGUCGCCCUCGGAGCUCGUCAGCUUCAACGGCCAAAUGAUGUGGAACCGUUUCUACGGCGCCGAACUCCGACGCUUGACGCCCCGCGGUAACGGGCGCGAUUGGCUCGAGGAUGCGGCCAAGUCGUCAGUCUCCAAGGUCGUCUUCCGGUAUUAA